CGCUGACUUUGAAGUUUUUGUGCUCCGCGGCGAUGAACCCGGACCUCAGCGGGGUGUUUUAGACGAACAGCAGCAGGAACUUUAACCCUGCGCGAAGCCAGCAGGUGACCUUUGAUCCGCCUGAGAGGUCACGGCCACGCUUGGACUCUCCUCCAGGACGAUGGCCAACCCACUCAGGUCUGAAGUGUUUCGACUCUACAAGAAUCUCCUCUACCUCAGCCGGGAGUACCCCAAAGGUGGCGACUACUUCCGGGACCGUCUGAGAGCGGCGUUUGCCAGGAACAAGGCGGUGGAGGACCCCAAGCAGAUAAAGGCCCUGAUCGCGCGUGGCGAGUACAUGGCCCGGGAGCUGGAGGCACUUUACCACCUGAGGAAGUACAGAGCGAUGAAGAAGCGCUACUACGAGGACUAAACUGCGACGAUGACACGAACGGCUCUGAGGUU